AUGCUGCUCACGGAUGCGGCGAAAAGGGAAAACCUUCACCGCAGCUCAAACCUCAUCACACAUCAGCGAACCCACACAGGGGAGAGACCCUACGAGUGCAGCGAGUGUGGGAAAAGCUUCACUGACAGCUCUCUCCUCAUUAAACAUCAGAGGAUCCACACGGGGGAGAGGCCCUAUGAAUGCGGCGAGUGUCAGAAAAGUUUCACAGACAGCUCAGACCUUAUUAAGCAUCAGCGAAUCCACACCGGAGAAAAGCCCUAUGAAUGCGGCGAGUGCGGGAAAAGCUUCACUGACAGCUCAGACCUCAUUAAGCAUCAGAGAAUCCACACGGGAGAGAGGCCUCAUGCGUGCUGCGAGUGCGGGAAAAGCUUCACGCAGCGUUCGUGCCUUGUUAAACACCAGCGGAUCCACACGGGGGAGAGACCCUACGUGUGCGCCGAGUGCGGGAAAAGCUUCGCUUGGCGCUCCAACCUCAUUGUGCAUCAGAAAAUCCACACGGGGAGAGACCCACGGUGCUGGGAGUGGGGAAAAAUUCAUUGA